AUGUCAUUAUCGAAUUCUACUCUACUAUCACCUUCUCUCCUCUCUCCGGGAACUAUACUCCCUACGAACACACAUGUAUCAGGUACAGUCAAUACCAUCUGGGGUGACCUUUUAUCAAAAGCUACCUCCAUCCCACGUAUCGCCAUAAAGUUAAAAUGUCAACUCCUAGGUUCUCCCCCCUCAAAUGUAUACACUUCAGACGAUUCGGGGCAAACCCAAUAUAUCUAUCUCAUCAAAUUGGUGCUCUUACCUAAGAAUGCAACAAUUGUGAGACCAGAAUCAUUUCAAAAAUCAACUUUGGCACAGGAGAUGAAGAAGGAUAAAAAAUCAUUAGCUAGGAAAAGUUUGACAAUACAGGUGGAUCAUAUGGAGGUAAUUUCAGUGAUGAGAAAGGGGAAUAUAAUAGAAGUAGAGAUUAUGGGUGAAGGUGAACGUUGGGUUCAAGCUGAUCAAGGAGAAAUAUGGAAGAUCCUCACCGAUGUUCCUGAUCCGAGUGAAUGGUUUUUGGCUCCCACCCCUCCCAUAAACGUCCCAGUGGAAUCUAGAUUGAAACCAAUCACCGAUCUACCCGUCCCUGCCCUCCCGACCAAAACAACAACAAAGAAUAAACGUCCCAGUCCUGCGAUCGAUAAACCGAUGGAGAAGAAGGCGAGAGUCUCUCCUCCUGAAGCGGUACAGGAAGAAGCAAAAACGGUGGUCAGAUUAGGUCCACCAGGUAGAGCAGUGGUGGAAUAUCAUUCUCGUUCACCUGCUAAAUCGGCCGAAUCAGUUCUCGCUCAACCUCCACAAAUCUUACAGAUUCACGAAGAAAUUCCUCCCGCUGUAUCUCAUAAUGGUCCUAAAUUUCCGGCACCCAGGAUCACACCUACGUUGAAAGCCAGACCUGAGGAGCCACCUAUGAUAGAGAUGCAGGCGUCAACUAAUGUGUCUGCAACGACACAGGUUAGGGGAGUGGCAGAACAAGAUGUUAGGGGUGUGCAAAACGCAGAAGCGGGGCCAUCUCGAAUGGUAGACUCGGUAGAGGACUUGCGACUCAGACGAAGAGAAGCGGAGGAGACUGCCAGACGAGAAGGGUCGGAGAGGUUGAGAUUGUUAAGGGAGGAAGAACAUGCAGAGCAGGCGAGUAUGGAUAAACUUCGGACGGAGUUGCGUGUUUCCGGCAUCAAAUACACUCCUCUGGGAAACACAUCAGAUUACCAAAUUGUCAAUCUUAUCGGUAUAGUGAUAGAUGUUCCAGGUCCUCCUAAGAAAACCAAAGCAGGCGAUUGGCAAGUCAGCCUCGUCAUUGGUGACCCGACGACACAUGACACAUCCCGUGCGGCGGAAGAUAUGGUUCUUACUCUUUUCCGAAAGACCGUAGCUGAGCUCCCUAUUGUCGGACAGGGUACACCGAUGUUAUUCAGGAAUAUGAAACUCAAAGCUUGGAACGGAAAACUUAAAGGAAACGCCUUCACAGGUGACGGUAACACUUGGGCUUGGCUUGAAGGUCGAUCAUUAAGGUUUGCGGACCAAGCGGCCUUGAUACCAAGUGUCAGUAAGCCCGAGAUAGAUCGAUUGAUGUUAUUGCAGACUUGGUGGAGAGGAUUGAAUGGGUCCAAUGGUCAUGUAGGAGGUUGGGAAGUUAGGUCUGUGUCUGGAGGGGAAAAAGGAAGAAGUGAAGAAGUGGGAUCUCCGGGUGGAAAUGGACAGGUUUUGUUAUCUCAAGUCCGAGAAGGCAUGUUUUUUGAUGGUCUUUUCAAGAUCAUUCACGUGAUUCGUAACACUUCCCCUAAUCAACCACCUUACGAACUCUACGUCUCUGACGGUACCAUUUCCUCUAUCGCUAUCCGUAACUUUCACAAUAUAUAUGGAGACCUACCUCCUUCGGCAGUCCAUUCAGUGGCGAUAAAAUCCCGUCCUCCGCCAGAAGUGGAAAAUAUGUUCGUUCAUGGUAACGUGCUUAAAAUGGCCAACAUACGAGCAAAGACUUUCAGAGGUGAAAUGGAGUUGAUCUGGAGCGAACAUGUCACUAUUGAGCAAGCUAGGGAAGGAUGGAAAGCUAGACGAUGUAAUAUUCUUGGAGGGGAUGAUGAGAGGGUCAAGGUCAUCGAGAGUCGUAUCAAACAUCUCAAAAGAAUCGAUCAAGACCUCACACACGAUUAUUCAGCUUUGGAUCCUGAAAUCAAAAUGAUCUACACGAAUCAACGAAUUAGCCCCAUCCGUCUCAGUGACCCGGUGUCUACGGAUUUUACGCCUCAGACAACCAAUCAACAAUCUUCCUCGAAUUCCAUAAAUGGAGAACGUCCAGUCGAGAAAGAAACACGCCUAGCUACUCAUUUACGUACAAUUCAUACGGACCCAAUCGCACAUCCUCUCUCUACCCUUGAAGAUAUCCUUGGGAAUGGGACAGUACCAAAUAGGUUCAGAGUUAGAGCGAGGGUGAAGUCUGUACAUCCUCGUGGAUUACCGGGGGGGUUCACACUCCCAGUGGUCAUAGCUGAUGAGGAUGCAAACGGAUUCCUUCCCCCUCUUCCUCCCAUAUCCACCACUUCCAACCCCAACGAUCAACGUAAAACCGCCGCACAACUCCGUCGAAUUUGCGCACAGGUAGAUACAAUCCUCCUUGGACCUAAGAUGGAUGGUUUACAUUCUCGGCCGUUGGUGGAAUGGACGAUCCAGACGUUUCUUGCGUCACCACCUAGAGGGCAGGGAGAAGGGGUUGUAGUGGGUAGAGUGUUUGGAAUGUGGUCUGCGUAG